CAUCCGUGACUCGGGUUCCAUUGAGCAGCCUGGCCCAGGCCAACACGAAGAAUAGCGGCUAGUUGUUUGUCUUCGUCCGCAGGCACAUUUGAAAGAUGAUUGCUGUUAUUAUGUUCUCGAUGAGCCCGACGUGUUACCCGUAACUGAAGCGUGGUGUCUGCGGUCUUUGUCUGAAUGCUGCGUUUGCGGACCGAUAGGCGGCGCCGCAGCUUUCGGCUAAAGCUAAACCCGCGCUAGGAGCCACGUUAACCUGUUUGCUAGCGGGCACACGGGUUAUUUUUGGCACGGUUGCUGACUGGCAUAUGCGACAGAACCUGGGCUAAAGCUGUGUGUGAACUCCGUCCCUCUCACAUGAGGUCCAGCUGAGACGAUGGACCUGAAUUUUUAUUCGGAUCUGACAGACGGAAGCGGGCACCACGACGGCGAUGCAGAGUUCUUGGACCCGCAGUCCUUCAAUGGAUUUGACACCGACAACAAGUUCCCGGGAAGCAACGAUAACUACCUGACCAUUUCUGGAUCCAGUCAUCCUUUUCUCUCGUCUUCAGAGGUAUAACUUUUCCUCUCCUCUUCACCUGACAUGAGUAGUCCGUUGAUUGGUAAAAAUAACCAUUUACAUUCACCCCCGAGCCUCGGCGAUGAGGAGUUUGAGAUUCCGCCCACGCUGGACCCGGACUCGGCGCUCACCGUGUCCGAUGUGGUGUCUCACUUCGGGGAGCUGUCGGACGGUCCUCAGGACGCGUGGUGGGUGCCCGGUAACGCCGUGGUCAAGGACGACCCGUCCUUUGCCUCCCACUUCGUCACCCCCUCCUCUCAGGGGCUGGAGCACCAGUUGGGAGUCAUCACACAGUCAGCAGGGGGCGUUUUGCUGGGGUCGUCGCUGGGGAUGGAUCUUGGCCAUCCCAUUGGUUCCCAGUUCAGCAGCUCGUCCCCAGUGACCAUUGACGUCCCGCUGACUGACAUGAGCCAAGCUUUACUCGGGACUAACCAGCUGACCACUAUUGACCAGUCAGAGCUCAACGCACAGUUAGGGCUGGGCCUAGUGGGCGGGAACUUACUGCAGCGCCCUCAGUCACCUGAUCAUCCUCUGUCACCCACAACGUCACCCACCAGCUCGCUCCAGGACGAUGACAUGGACGACUUCAGGAGGAGUGUCCUCGUGGAGUCGCCGGUGUCUCUGGCCGUCUCAGCCGGAGUCAUCUCCCUCGAUCCGUCUUUGUCCGAGUCCCUGCUCUCCGCUCCCGCCUCCAGCAUCUCUCCAGCUGCCGGGCGGAAAGGAGGAGCGGGAGGCGGGAAGAGGGGGAAGGUGAAAGGGAAGAAAGAUCCUAACGAGCCUCAGAAGCCCGUGUCGGCCUACGCCUUGUUCUUCAGGGACACUCAGGCUGCCAUUAAGGGCCAGAAUCCCAACGCCACCUUUGGGGAGGUUUCUAAGAUCGUGGCGUCCAUGUGGGACAGUCUGGGGGAGGAGCAGAAGCAGGUGUACAAGAGGAAAAACGAAGUGGCAAAGAGAGAUUACCUGAAAGCGCUGGCGGAGUACAGAGAGAACCGCGCCUCUCAGGCUCCGAUUGAAGUCAUGGACACGUCCCCGUCACCUCCGCCACCAGCUCCGCCCCCUACUGUGGCCACACUGGCUCCUCGACCACCAGGUCCCACAUUACAACCCCGAGGAGAACACGAUCACCACAUCUGCACCUCCAACAUCAUCCUGGACCUGCCACAGGUCACCACGCGCUCUCGCACAGGCGCCAUCAAGCCCCAAGUGUCGCACGCCGCCCAGAACCCCCCCACACUACCCAAGAUCACCAACAAACAGACACAGCUGCCAUCUGGUGGCGUAAUGGUUACAGUGGCGGUCACUUCCUCCUCCCGACAGCCGCCACCGUUGCAGCAGAUGCAGAGCACCCCGCCUCCGCCCAGACUACAGCAGAUGGUCCACGCACAGGCCCCGCCUCCACUGCAGGCGAAACCACGAGGUGGCGGUGCAGCCGCUGCUACAGCCCCGCCUCCACUCAGUCAAGUAGUGCCGCUGUCGCGGCAGUCAGAUUCAGGCGCGCCCAUUAUAGUGUCAUCGACAGAUGAAACGCCCAUGUUGACGGCGACAUCGAUGGCUGUGGACAUGGGACACGCGGUGGCGGGAGGGGAAGUAACAGACAUGGAAGAAGGGAUGCAGGUGGAGGUGAACGUCAUCCCCAGGCCGAGUGUGACGCCCGCUGCCAUGGAGAACAUCUGUGUGCGGGCCGGCUGCACCAAUCCCGCGGUGGAGAGCCAAGACUGGGACAAGGAGUACUGUAGCAACGAGUGUGUCGCCACGCACUGCAGGGAUGUGUUCAUGGCCUGGUGCGCCAUCCGGGGGCAGAACUCUGCCACUGUCACAUAGACAAAAAAGGGAUGGCUCAGACGGAGGAGUGCUGCACCGAGCAGACAGGACGGACACAAAUAAAAUGCAAACAGACAGUUAAUGAGUGAACUUCAUGUUGUCAUGGAGAGGUGAACUGUGGCAGAGAAUCAUGGGAAGGUUUUCAUAAGUCUGUGAUUGAACAGCUCGCUCGCUGUCCUGCGCGAAGCAGCGGUAUCCAGGCUGUGGGACGCUGGUGAUGGCAGCAGCUCACCGCAGGUAUAACGAAGAACAAACGGAACCCACGGCUCAGCGGCUCCCGACCUUCUACAAAUCAUUUCUUGUGAGUUUAAAAUAAUGGACAUUUUAAUGACGAAGAAACGCAAAGUGGAGAAUCAGGAUUUCUGGGAGUCUGUGCGGCUCAUUUCACAAACAGUUUUCCUCGUCGAGGUAAUCUGCUGUGGGUUGAGCUCUACAACCAGUGUUCUUUUUUUUUUUUUCUUUUUCUUUUUUUUUUACCCUAAAACAACCGCACAAUAAUUUUGAGACGCGUCUGUUUGUUCCCCUGCUGCUCCUCAGACGUUUGGAUGAUUUCUGUCGGACUUGAUGUGUGAAUGACAGUUGAGCCCGGAACUGACCUUACAGGGUUUGUUUUGGUAAGGUCAAAGAUCAAAAAUGCCUCCAAGCAUGGCACAUAUCUCAAACUGUGCAUGGCAUCAAAUUCGUCAAAGGUCAUGUCUGUCUGUCUGUCUGUCUGUCUGUCUGUGUCCCUCUCAGGCUUUUUUGCUGAUUUCUACUAAAUGUGGUCCAUCAGUGGAGGUCGACCCCAAAAUUACCUUGAAAGAUUUAAUUUAGGCAAAGGUCAAGGAUUUCUUUUUUAUUUUUUUUAUUUUUUUUUAUUCCUGAUUUAAACUAAAUGUGGGUCACACUUACAUGGUGUCCACAUCCGCCGUGGGAAGAUGAAUCAGAGGUCAAAUGUCAGAUUUCUGUCUUCAUCUACUGAUGCUACACCCACACACUGGGAUUCCGGCGCCGUUUACUCGUGCAGCUUUAUCAAAGGUGACGUGUGUGAAUAAAUCCCACGCCCACGUGGAGCAGCUGUGACACUACAGGAGGAGAAAACCCGAAGUUGGAACCUGUGACACCAGGAACAGGCUUUAAGAUGUAAAAAUGAAAUGGCUGCUUCCUGAAACAUUUCCCACUCAGAUGAAAUAACUGGAUCAUCCUGGAAAUGUUCCAUGUGAAAUAAAAUAUUUUAUGUUUAAUAUA